CAACCGAGGGAGGGGAAGAGGCGACGCGCGCUUCCGCCAUUGCCGAGAAGGUGAAGACUGAAGAGAAGAUGCGGCUCUACUGCCUCCGGCGAGCCCUCCUCCGCCCGCGGCCGCACGGCGGCACACCCUUCCCCGCCGAUUCCAGGCACCGCCGGGCCCUCUCGUCGGCCCCCGCGCCGAAGAAGCCCGGAGCCGAGGCGGCGCCGCCGCCGCCGCCCAUGCCGACGCGGCCGUGGGGGGAGGCGCUCGCGGCGGCGCAGCGGGCCUUCUGCGUGCCCCUCGCCGGGCUUGUCCUCGGCGCCGCGGGGACCGGGAACGCGGCCGUGGCCCCGCCGGCCGUCCACGCCUCCCUGGCGCUCGCGGCCGCCGGCGCGCGGGGCGCCACGCGGAGGCAGGUCGUCCGGGCCCUGGGCUGCGGCGGCGGCGGCAGGGGCGGCGCGGCCGACGCCGCCAACGUGGCGUCGCGCGUCGUGAAGCGCGUCCUCAGGGACCGGUCCACCUCCGGGGGCCCGCGGCUGGCGUUUGCGGGCGGCGUCUGGGCCGACGCGUCAAGGAAUCUUUCGCCGGAGUUCGUGGAAGUUGCCGGCAAUGUGUUCGGCUCAGCAGCGAAGAAGGCUGACUUCCAGAACGAGCCAGACAAUGCUUCUGAACAAAUUAACUCAUGGGUCAAAGAUUCCACAAAAGGUACUGUUACAACACUUCUUCCUGCUGGAACAAUCGACCAGAAUACAGGACUUGUUCUUGGGACUGCACUAUAUUUUAGGGGGAGAUGGCUGGAUAGAAGUGAUGUACGGAGGACUACUGAACAGAAGUUCUACUGUCUGGAUGGAACAUCUGUCGAAGUUCCUUUCGUGGAAUAUGACAGAACUCGUCUUUUUGCUGUCCAUGAUAACUUCAAAGUUAUUAAGCUUCCUUACAAGCAAGGAAAGAAUGAAAGGAAGUUUUCCAUGUACAUUUUCCUGCCUGACAAUCAUGAUGGUUUGUUUGAAUUAACACAGAAGUUUUUUUCUGAACCAAUGUUCUUAGAACAGCAUUUACCAACAGAGAAAUGCCAUGUGGGUAUCUCGGUGCCCAACUUCACAAUAUCUUUCGAGAUCGAUGUGAAGGAUUUUCUGAAAGAUAUGAGGCUUGAAUUGCCAUUCCUCCGGGAUGCUGAAUUCUCUGAUAUGAUCAAGCAAGAUGACUCAGGUGGUCCUUUGUUUCUAUCUGAUGUACUUCAUAAAGCGGUUUUGGAGGUUAAUGAAAAAGGAAUUGAAGAAACUUCAGUAUCAAUGGGCUUGGGCAAGCCUUUGCCAGCAGAACACUUCAAUGCCAACCAUCCAUUCUUCUUCAUGAUUAGGGAGGAGGUGUCUGGAACUGUAAUAUUCAUGGGGCAUGUGCUUGACCCUUCAUCACGGUCAUAGCAUCAGGCAAUAGACUUUUAUCACCUAUUUACACUAAUGUUAUGUAUUUGAGUAUCUCUAUCGUUGCCAGUCUGCCUGACAGAAAUUUUGGUGCAUGAGUAUUUGUUUCUUACUUUUAGUAACACACUGGAAAAUAUUUGUCCAUCUGACUUUAUUCCUUUGUGGUGCUGAACAAUGUUGAGGCAAAAAUAUGAAGUUUUCUCAUCAAUAUAAACUGCAUGUCUUAUGGAAACACUAUUCAUUUAUUCAAUUUGAAGCAGACACAUUGGUCUUAGUUAU